UAUAGACCGUCCAUGGUUUACUCUCAUAAAAAUUAAAUCAAUGGAUCUGAAAGAAUGCGCAGCAGAGACGACGGAAUCGAGCAAGUUGAUGGAGGCAACAGAACCCUUGGAGAAAAUAGAAGAGAGCGGCGAUGAUGAUUACGUUGACUCUGACGAUGAGAAUGAUGAGAGCGGCGAUGAUUACGUUGACCCUGACGAUGAGCUCUUACAUCCGACGUGGUUUAAAGUCCCUGAAUGGGAUGUGGACAGCUUCGGUGGUCUCGAGUACGAUUCCUCUGAAUAUAAAAAUGAAUUCCCCAAGGAAGAACAUGAAAAACUAUGGCGUCGCUUUAAGCGCCAGCUCAUCGAGAACAAGGGGUUUUAUGUGGAGCCAGAGCUUUGGCCAAUGUACAACUACUCAGAUUACAAAGUAGUCCCUAAUUUGGAUUUGCCUGCCAGUUUCGGGCAAACCUACCGCGAGUACUUUGCAGAGAUGGCUUGUCUCUGUCUCAAAAAGUACAACCAAGACAAGAGAUCGAAUGUAGAGUUUGUGGAAGUGGUGAGAGGUAUAUUUACAGCCGGAUCUAGAUCAAAGUCGUACAUUACAUUUAUGGCUAAGGAGAAACCUGAUGGACCUCUUGUCGAGUAUCAAGCUAAAGUGUGGUGUACUGUAAUUAGACACGAGAACUAUCCCAUUCUCUGUAGACGGGCUCCUAAAGCAAACCAAAAAUAGUAAAGAUGGAUGCAUAGCUGGAGUUUGCAAAAGGGCAUCUAAAACAUGGCCAGUUUAUGGAUGGAUUCUUAGGCUAUUCGAGAGACUCUUCUUUCUGGUUUCUAGACGUCCUCUGUUCCUGCCUUGGGUCUAAAGGAAAGACAUGUAGCUUCCUAUUUGUAAGAGAGACAUAGUUAAAUAUACACUACAAGAGAUUUAAUAGAUAAAGUCACUUUAAUUAUGUCAUUCUAAAAAAUAACGCAAGAACAAAACAAAAAGGAAGCGAUUUGGAGUCGGUUAUUAAUCCACAAUCAAAACCGACGUACAUAUAAUUAAAUUAACUUUCUUAUUCACUUAAAUUUUAAUGGUUAUAGUACUUUAUAUAUGAUACUUGAUAAAAAAAAAAUUCAGAGAAAGUACAGGUACUCAGACCUCGUGAUUAUAAUCGGAAGUUUAUGGAGGCAACAGAACCCAUGGAGGAAUCUUUGGCCCUCGCCACUACUUCCCUGGCAAAACGUAAGGCCGAGUCUGACCCAGCGGAUGAUAUAGAAGAGAGCGGCGAUGAAGAAUACGAAUACGUCGACUCUGAGGAGGAUGAGAAUGAAGAACCCGUGGAUGAAGCUAUGGCCUUCGCUCUUGCUUUACUGGCAAAACGUAAGACCGUGGCCGAAGAGAGCGGCUAUGAGGUUGAUGAGAGCGGCGAUGAAAAGGAAGAGAGUGGCGUUGAAUACUCUUACUCUGGAGACAUGCUCGUCAUAAAGUCCAAGUGGUGGGUCGAACCUGAAUGGGAUGUGGACAGCUUCGAUGGUCUCGAGUACGAUUCCUCUGAAGAGGAAGAUGAAAUGUCCAAUGAAGAGGAUGAACUAAAGUGGCGCCGCGUCAAACGCCAGCUCAUCGAGAGCAAGGGAUUUUACGUGGAUCCGGAGCUUAUGCCAAUGCAAAACUACUCACCAAUCAAAGCAGUCGCUGAUCUGGAAUGGUCUGCGGGUUUGGGCCAAACCUACCGCGAGUACUUUGCAGGAUGGCUUGUGUCUGUCUCAAAACAUUCAACCAAUACAAGGGGUUGAAUGUGGAGUUUGUGGAAGUGGUGCGAGGUGCAUUUUCUGCAGGACCUAAAUCAAAGUCGUACAUUACAUGUAUGGCUAGGGAGAAACCUGAUGGGCCUCUUGUCGAGUAUCAAUGCAAGGCUUGGUCUACGUUUGUUCAACACGAGAACUAUCCCAUCCUCUGUAGACCUGCUCCUAUCACAAAGCUCUCAAACCAAAACUAGUAAAGAUGAAUAUUAGACUGGCUGAUCGAGAAGAUGGAAUUCGCUGGCUGAUGCAGAGGAUGGAGUUCGCACCAGGUCAUCUAAUAUGAAGUCGUAUGUGUUAAAAAAAUUCAACUUAGUAGUACUAAAGCACUUUUAUUGUGUUGCCAAUAUCUAUGUUUUAGGUACUUAUCUCUAUGUUAGCUAAAUAACUUGUCAGUGUUUGUGUCUUAUAUCUUAAGAGACUUAAAGUAAAUGUUUGUGUUUUAUAACUUUGGAAGCAUGACAUGUCUCCUUUGAUGCAGUAUCCUCGUUUUUGGGAUUUUUUCUUUUGUUAUGUUUCAUGUUAUGUAUGUCACAUGAGUAAAAAUCAAACAUAUCCAUCCAUAUACCAAUAUCAAUGAAAAGGAUCUAACAAAAUGUUAAAUCAUGGUAGAUAGAAAACAAUAACUUUAACAUACGCUUGUUAAGGGCAAAUGGAACAAUAGAUGAGAAAGGUUACUACAAUGUAAGUGGCGACGAUGUAGAGUAUUUUCACGGCGAGGUGCUUGAACACUUAAAAAACAUUGUGUGUGUUUCUCAAUUUCAUUUUGCUAUUAUCUGCGCGAUUAGUUCAGCUCAAAGAUGCGAGGGAUAUUCCAUUUGAACGUGAGUUUGUUUGUUUGUAUGGAAAGUUGUCAAACAUUUAGCAGUUUGUUUAUAUGAUUGUGUCAAAUACCGAAUCGAUUGUGCAAGGAACUCUACUUCUCAAUUCUCAUCAGAGCCACUUCACC